UUUCGUGCGGCCUGCUUACGUCAAUCAACACAAGUUAUGCUAAAGCAAUGCAGCACGUGCAUUUAAAUUGAUAGCAAAACAACACAUUUUGUCUAAUCUAAUCCUCGCUGUGGGUGAAUAAAUUAUGUCACAAUCUGGGGGCGUUCGCUAAGUGAGUGAGGCCACUCGUUGCGCGUGGUUACGAUUUAUUUUGUAUUUUUUCUCGGGGGUCGCCGUGAGCGGACGCCGUCGCCUGGAUUUCGCCGCGGGAAGCCUAGACAAGGCCGCCGGCCGGUGAGAUCCGUGGAAGAUGCCCGAGAUAAAAGUGACUCCGCUUGGAGCCGGGCAAGAUGUGGGAAGGAGCUGCAUUCUUGUCUCCAUCAGGGGCAAGAACAUCAUGCUCGACUGCGGGAUGCACAUGGGCUUCAACGACGACCGAAGGUUCCCCGACUUCUCCUACAUCACGCAGAACGGGCGGCUUACGGAUUUCCUCGACUGCGUCAUCAUCAGCCACUUCCACCUGGACCACUGCGGUGCCCUGCCGUACAUGUCGGAGAUGGUAGGCUACGACGGGCCCAUCUACAUGACCCACCCGACCAAGGCCAUCUGCCCCAUCCUGCUGGAGGACUAUCGCAAGAUCACGGUGGACAAGAAGGGCGAGACCAACUUCUUCACCUCGCAGAUGAUCAAGGACUGCAUGAAGAAGGUGGUAGCCGUCAACCUUCACCAGAGCGUGCAGGUGGAUGACGAGCUGGAGAUCAAGGCGUACUACGCUGGACACGUCCUGGGAGCCGCCAUGUUUGAGAUGCGUGUGGGGCCCGAGUCGGUCGUCUACACGGGAGACUAUAAUAUGACUCCAGACCGGCAUCUCGGCGCGGCGUGGAUCGACCGCUGCCGCCCGGACCUGCUCAUCAGUGAGUCGACGUACGCCACCACCAUCCGCGACUCCAAGCGCUGCCGCGAGAGAGACUUCCUCAAGAAAGUGCACGACACCGUGGAGAAGGGCGGCAAGGUGCUGAUUCCGGUGUUUGCUCUCGGCAGAGCUCAGGAGCUGUGCAUCCUGCUGGAGACGUUCUGGGAGCGCAUGAACCUCAAGGCGCCCAUCUACUUCUCGACGGGCCUCACGGAGAAGGCAAACCACUACUACAAGCUCUUCAUCACCUGGACCAACCAGAAGAUCCGCAAGACCUUUGUGCAGCGCAACAUGUUCGAGUUCAAGCACAUCAAGGCCUUCGACCGCUCCUACGCCGACAACCCAGGCCCCAUGGUUGUGUUCGCGACACCCGGCAUGCUGCACGCGGGCCAGUCGCUGCACAUCUUCAAGAAGUGGGCGGGCAGCGAGAAGAACAUGGUGAUCAUGCCGGGCUACUGCGUGCAAGGAACCAUCGGCCACAAGAUCCUGAGCGGGCAGCGCAAGCUGGAGAUCGAGGGCCGACAGACGCUGGAGAUCAAGCUGCAGGUGGAGUACAUGUCGUUCAGCGCGCACGCCGACGCCAAGGGCAUCAUGCAGCUGGUGCGCAUGGCGGAGCCACGCAACGUUCUGCUGGUGCACGGGGAGGCCAAGAAGAUGGAGUUCCUCAAGCAGAAGAUCGAGAUGGAGUUUGGGAUCUCGUGCUUCAUGCCGGCCAACGGGGAGACGUGCUCCCUGCCCACGGCGCCCAGCAUCCCCGUCGACAUCUCGCUCGGCCUGCUCAAGCGCGACGCCUCGCUCGGGACACCGCCGGACCCCAAGAGGCCGCGCACGAUGCACGGUGCCCUCGUCAUGAAGGACGGCACGCUGCGACUGCUGGCGCCCGAGCAGGCGAUGCGGGAGCUGGGGCUGAGCGAGCACGUGCUGCGCUUCACCUCCACGCUGCCGCCGCUGCUGCACGACGCGGGCGGCGCCAGCGAGGCGGACACCAUGCAGCGUCUCUACGGACACCUCAAGGGCGUCCUGAAGGAGCACGCGGUGCAGCAGCUGGCGGACGGCUCUGUCAUGGUCGAGUCGGUCCUCAUCAAGAGCAGCGGCGUGCAGGACGAGGCGGGGGCUCGCAGCACGCUCGUGUCCUGGUCCUAUCAGGAUGAAGACUUGGGAAGCUAUCUCAUGACUCUUCUGAAGAAGGGGCUGCCUCCGAGCAUCGGAAUGUAACGCGAACGGUCCCAGCAGCAGCAGCAGCAACGGCGAUAAGACUCGUUCGAAAAAAGUUGAGAGGCGGCGAAAAAACCUUGUCCCUCGGUGUGAACCUCCGAGGUGCGUGGCCGCACGCCUGCGACCCAUCGCCGUGGAAGCAAGGGGUUGGCGGCUCGCAGGAAGAUUUUCGGAGGUCCGCAAACGUGCAGGGGCUGCGACCAAGAAGAGGCGGUAGCAGCAGCAGCAGCAAGUGGAGUCGUGAACGCGUGCUCGUACGCGGUUUGCUUCCACGUGGAAAACAUUUCCUAAACGGAGGUUGUGCACCGUCUUUCCAACCCGCGUUUGUUCUCGCGUUUAAUUUAGUAGUGACGUUACUCCCGGCACCGUGACAUCGCAUCCUAUUUUAAUGUCGUCACAGACGAUGUUAUUUGCCUUGGCCGAAAAGGCUCUUUUUUUUUAUCGGCGAUUUUUCCAUGAGGCAAGUCCCCUCGUAGCGACACAAAUUUAUACCAAAAAUGUCACUGUGAUCAUCUUCGAGAAGCAUCGCGACCCCGCGGUUACGCGCAAUGCAUUCACGCUUUCAACCUCGUGGGAGACUGAAAAAAUGAGCCCACAAGACUCUUCAGAGGCUUUGCGGGAUAAACGACGUGGCUCAUUUUGAAAGGCUAAAUGCCAAAACUAAACCAGUGCCAUCUCUCACCGCUCCAUCAUUCCAGUUUGACAAAGUGUUCCCUGUUCCGCACGUGAGCGUUUCGCGCACCGCGUGGCAUUUGUUGUGUUGGGAGUUUCCCUGCAAAACGUGGUUGUGAAAUCGGACGCGUGCCGCUGGACGAUGUGAAAUGUCGCCACGCACAACUCGUGAGCAGAAAAAGGCAUCUAAAAAAUUAACCCGUAAAAACAAAGUUUUUCACUAUAAAUCCUUUAUAUGCGUGGCGGCUAGAGUCCUCUCGUCCUCUGGCUUGAGAUGGCUGCCACCUAUGGGUCAGAUGAUUGUCUGCCAGUAUUAAACAAUUGGUAAUUAAAUAUUUAAUUUGUUUUCCCUAAACAGUGUAAAAUUUUGGAAUUUUUUUUCACGAACAUUGUCUCGCACAACAAGUCUGUGUGCAAAAUGUCAGCUCGAUUGGAUCACGGGAAGUGGGUUAAAAAACGACCGAAAGAUUUGCACGGUCCUAAGCAAGCAAGCAAACUUAAUAUAAAGGAUUUAAAAAUGCCGCUGCCAUCUGUACUGACCUUGGGGUGAAAAACUGUGCCUAGAUGUGUUGAUGUUUUAUCAACCCAUCGCGAGGGGAGUGAAUCUCCCUCUGCGGAGUGCCACUCGCAUCUCUGCGAGACGUUAAAUACUUCGCCUGGUAGACAAGAGGUGGGUUUGAUCUCGACCCCUUUGUAUUUGGAGUUUGCGUGUUCUCCCCGUGGUCGCGUUGAUUUCUCUCCGUGUCCUCCGGUUUUUACCUCCACAUUUAGACUCGACGUGAGUUUGAGUUUUUGGCUGCGAUAAAUGUCCACGUGAUAAGCCACUUCGUUGAGUGGUCAUUUGUGCCCAGGUCGCUUCUGAAAAUGAGCUACAUAGCUCUGCGAGGCCUUACCUAGUAAAAUAAUAAAAAUAUAUAUAGUUUGCCUGUGUGGCUGGCACUGGAGCCCUGCGUGUGAUCGACUUCCCCAGUGUUCAGGAGCUGUUGCCCCAUUCGAACUUUCGAGACAGGUCCGCCCCGUGGGGGGUUUUAGUUGUGGCUCGCCACGGAAGACCCAGAGAACAAACAUUAACACAAGACCACGGGGUCGGCAAGCCUGCGGGAUCUUUAAAAUGACCCUCUCACACUCACGUUUCAUUGGCGGCUCAACAUUUUUACCAAAUAAAAAAUGGCUCAUUAUUUGCAGGACCCCUACCAGAAAUAUGAAAAGGGCUCGUAGACUCAAGACGACCGUAGGACCUCAGACAUUGCCACACAGCAAUUCUUAGAGGCACAGACUUGUAUAGGACCCAUAGACUUGCAUAGAACCCAUUCACAUCGGGACCCAUAGACCUACACAGGACCCUUACACAAGACCCAUAUAUUAACACAUUCCUGCGGAGGGAGCUGGUAGGAACGUUGGGUUGCUUGGUCAAUGGCCAGGGUCAACGGCGGCGUGGUGCAUUCCGCAAAUAUGCCUGACUGUAAGGGCGGGCACAAGCCGGCGUGAGUAGGUUAAACGUUGAGUUUUAUAACGGCACCACGGGGUGACCAGCCCCUCCCCACCCAGCCCACCCCAUUUUUGGAUAGACGGAUGGACACAAUAAUCCCGUGGGCUGGUGGAACCAGGUGGUUCCUACCAGUAAUAAGACUCAUUGAUUCACACAAGGCCUAUCAACGGAGCACGGGACCCCCAGUACGUGCAGAGCUAACUUUGUCUUCGAGACCCACACACUUGCAUGACGCAGCCACUACCAGAAAACCCCUAUUCCAGACUUGGAACAGGUCUGCUUGGCUUACACUGGGGCUGUAUCUACUCACACACAACUCACAGAACCC